GAGACGACGCGUACAGUACAAUAAUCGCUGCUCUUCUCCGACUCCGACGGCGGCAGAUCGAAGCCUCCGCCGCCGCGGCUGGUUGAGGCGCUUCUGAAAUGCAAUCUGGGGAUCGAUCUAGAUCUAGGGUUUGAAUGCAAUGCAAUGUUGAAUUGGAGACGAAACGCGGUGAUUCCGUUGGUGAGGCUGCUCCAUCCGUCAGGAGCCCGUGCCUCUUCCUCGUCCUCGUCCUCCUCCUGCUGCUCCAAACUCUUCGUUGCCGGUCUUUCUUAUGAUACAAAUGAGACUGCUCUCAAGGAUGCUUUCUCUCACCAUGGCCACAUUAUUCAAGUGAAAGUAAUAUGCCACCCAGUGACAGGGAAAUCCAAAGGGUACGGUUUUGUCAAGUUUGCUUCAGAGGAUGAAGCAGCUGCAGCAUUGCACAAGAUGAGCGGUGAGGUGAUUGAUGGUAGGACCAUAAGGGUGCACUACGCAAACAACGGAUGAUCUGGUGCCACUUCUGCUUGCAUGAGUAAGCAGCUUGUUACUAACUGUCUUCUGUUGUGUUGGGAUAAAUGGGGGCUGAACUAGGCAUGUGUUUGUAGAUUUAUCAUGUCUCAUCGUUUCAACAGACAAGUCAUUUGUAGAUUUAUCAUUUAUCUGAUGUAUUGUGCUGGCUUUUGAUAACUGAUAAUAUCCAAGCAAAGCUAAAAGUUCCGCAGAUUGAUACGAAAAUAGUCCUAUUAAAGUGGGUUUCGUCUGCUUUUGCUCAACAUGGAGUCAUGGACCCCGGCUGGCCGGUUGGGGAACAAUUCCAUAUCCCCGGCUUGAGAACAUGAACUUGAUUAUCUCAUCUACCAAUGAAAAACCAGUGCACGAGUUAUCGAGUUUGAAAAGGUGAUCAUUCUAUGCUAUCUGUCGAUAAACGAGAGGGCAGUUGU